UGUAAAUACUGGAUUAUUCCCAUCAGUCUACUAGUGAAGACGAGCAUCAGACCAUCAGGAAGAAGAGAAAUCUGCAAAGACAGAGUUUAUUGAAGGACAGUGAGAAGAUGAGUGAUCCAGAACCCUGCAGAAUUAAACAGGAAGAGACUGAAGAACUAAUAGAUGUAAUGGUGAAGGAGGAGAGUGAAGAACUGAAUGAAGAUGAGGAGAAACAUCAGGUCAAAAGUGAAGAAGAAACUCAAUCAGAGACUGAACAUUUAUCUUCUCUACAAACAUACACAAACAACAAUUACAACCUGAUGGUGAAGAAAGAGGAAAGUGAAGAACUGUGUGAAGACAAGGUCCUUCGUAGCGUUCAUACAGAAGUGAAGUCAAAUUCAUGCUCUUUGUGUGGAAAGAGUUUUAAACAGCUGUCACAUUUAAAACAACACCAGAAGAUUCACACUGGAGAGAGACCGUACAGCUGUGAUCAAUGUGGGAAGAGCUUCAAUCGAUCAUACACCCUUAAUCGACACAUGAAGAUCCACACUGGAGAGAAAACACACAGAUGUGAUCAAUGCGGAAAAACAUUUUUGAGGCCUUCAGAGGUGAAGAAACAUCUUAGAGUUCAUACAAAGGAGAAGCCUUAUUCAUGUUCUGAGUGUGGAAAGAGUUUUAGACAUCAGUCACUUUUAAUAGCACAUCAGAAGAUCCACACUGGUGUUAAAGAGCAUGUGUGCUUUGAGUGUGGGAAUAGUUUUAUUACAGCUCGACAAUUGAAACGACACCAGAUUAUCCACACUGGAGAGAGACCUUACCAGUGUUCACACUGUGACAAGGGCUUCAUUCGGUUACAAAACCUAAAAACACAUCAGAGGAUCCACACUGGAGAGAAACCUUACAAGUGUUCACACUGCGACAAGAGAUUUAGUCAGUUACACACUCGGAAAAACCAUGAGAGGAUUCACACUAGAGAGAAAACGUUAACAUGUACUCAGUGUGGAAAGAGUUUCACAAAAUCACCACACCUUUAUCGGCACAUGAGGAUCCACACUGGAGAGAAACCACACAAAUGUGAUCACUGCAGCAAAACAUUUUUGAGGCCUUCAGAGCUGAAGAAACAUCUUAGAGUUCAUACAAAUGAGAGGCCUUAUCCAUGUUCUGAGUGUGGAAAGAGUUUUAGACAUCAGUCACAUUUAAAAGAACAUCUGAAGAUCCACACUGGUGUUAAAGAGCAUGUGUGCUUUGAGUGUGGGAAGAGUUUUAUUAGAGCUCGACACUUGAAACUUCACCAGAUGGUCCACACUGGAGAGAAACCUUACAAGUGUUCACAAUGCGACAAGACAUUCAGUCAGUUUCAAAACCUGAAAACACAUCAGAGGAUUCACACUGGAGAGAAGCUGUACACAUGUACUCAGUGUGGAAAGAGUUUCACAAAAUCACCACACCUUCAUCGGCACAUGAGGAUCCACACUGGAGAGAAAACAUAAAUGUGAUCAAUGCAGCAAAACAUUUUUGAAGGCUUCAGCGCUGUAGUAACAUCUUAAGAGUUCAUACAAAGGAGAAGCCUUAUCCAUGUUCUUUAGCUCCAUCAGAAUCUUGCUCAGCCCCCCAAGAAUUUCCUAAUGAUUUUCCUAUUUUAAGAGAUAACAAUCAGUUUUCGUGUAAAAACCUUAAUCAGCCUCAAGUCCCUGGUGUACUUUAAAGGGGUGGUCCCCUACGAUAUCAUAUUAAAGCUUUAGCUGAUGUGUAAUGUAGCUGUGUGAACAUAAACAACAUCUCUGAAUGAAAUACGCUCAAUACAAAGGGAGACAUUGGCUUUUACAGAGUUAGCUUAGCAAAGCCUACAACGAACGAAGUUUGGGGACUUCAAAGAAAUACAUCCGGGUUAAUGAGAUUACAAACACUUCAGGUUACGCGCAUUCACCACACGCAGCAAAGGGGCGUGGCCAGAUGCGCUGUAAUGUUAUAGCACAGAAAGCUAAAAUGCCGUCCUAAUGCUGCUAUUUCCACAGAACUACUUCUGUUUUUGUAUUUGGGCUUCCAAAGGACACGACACAAAGAGAGAAGUGCUUACAAUUUAAUUUUAAUUAUGUUCCUGAUAAUUAUAAUAAAGAUGUAGCUCUAGCAUUUGACAAAGGAGAACUUCCAGAUAUAGCUCUAGCAUUUGACAAAGGAGAACUUCCAGAAUCUCUCCCAGUUCAGUGCUGGAUUUGGCUAAAGCUCCUCAGAAAAGGAGCAACUCCAACUAUAACAGAAGAAGCUGUGGAUUGUUAGUCACAACCUGUAAGUGUUUUAUUUGUUAAAAUUGAUUAACUACAUGCACAGUUUCUAGCGUUAACAGUAUGUUGUAGCGAGGAUGUAAACAAGGAUGUAAACAAUGGGAAAUGCUGUCUGGCACCAUUAACAUUUUAGCUACAAAUUCAUAUUCAUCAGUCAAACUGCUGUAAACACCCACAUUAUUUAGCAGCGCUGCAGUGUCUCUCUAUGCGGAUGCUUUCCCUGCGUUCUACAUCUCAAAUAACAAACUCGCGAAAGAUAUGAGAAUGUUUCAGAUUAUUUACACAUGCUUAUAACCCCAAUAUAUGUGAAAGACACUUGUCAGCUGUUAUUUUAGAGAGCAGGCGUGAGGUUCAGCUGUGUUCCGUUCAGCAAACGGGAGGGAGCCCCGGGCUCGAGGAUCUUAUGAGGUCAGAAGCAUUCCAAACAAGCUUUAUAAGCAAUCAUCAGCUAAGUGUGAACUCUUGAAACCCCUUUGAGCUGCCAUUGGUCUGUGGUGAUUCUGCAGUCAGUGGGUCUGUUCAGGAGCUCCGGCUUCUUUGGCGUGCGAUUCCACUAAGGUCAUAAAGGAAAUACAGUGUAUAAAUAAUGUAGUGAGGGGUUUUACAGGCUUAAAACAUCUAUAAUAAUUGUAAAGAUAGAAAGCUCUCUCAUACAUUUUCAAAUGUAUUUUUGUUUUUAAAAUGAAGGAUGAAAAAUAACUUGAUCUGAAGAAAACUGUGGCCUCAAGGACAAAGAAACUUCAUCUAACUCUGAUGGCCCACCCUGACAUUUGGACCAGCCUUCUGAACUCCAAUUUUGACGAUUUUUUUAAUUAUGUUUUACUCAUAUCUGUAUUUGAUAAAAAUGUUGGCAUUAAAACUAUUUAAUUCCUCGUAUUCAUUAAA